CAUCUUCGAAAACGCCAUUAAUGUCCAUCUUGAGCUUGAGAGAAACAACCAACAAAGUAAAGACAUUAUUGAUGUGAUGUUAGAAUUAGACGUAGAUAAUCAAGAUCGCUCAACAGGAUCAUUCGUCCAACGUAACCAUAUAAAGGGAUUGCUCAUGAACAUAUUCUUUGGUGGAAUAGAUACUAGUUCAAAUAUUGUGAUAUGGGCAAUGGCAGAACUUAUUCGUAAUCCAAGAGUGAUGAAGAUCGCACAAGAUGAAAUCAGAAAUUGUGUUAGAAAUAGAGAAAGAGUCACAGAAGAUGAUUUAUAUCAACUUCAAUAUCUCAAGUUACUAAUAAAAGAGACUCUAAGACUUCACCCUGUCGCUCCUCUGUUGGUUGUAAGAGAAGUCAUGUCUCAUUUUAAGAUGAAUGAGUAUGACAUCUUCCCUAAAGACUUGAUAAUUAUUAAUGCUUGGGGAAUUGCAAGAGAUCCCAGCUAUUGGGACAAGCCUGAAGAGUUCUUUCCAGAAAGAUUUAUAGAAAACUCUAUUGAUUUUAGAGGACAACAUUUUGAGUUUCUUCCAUUUGGAUCUGGUCGAAGAAUUUGUCCAGGAAUUAAUAUGGGGCUAGCAGCUGUGGAGCUUGCACUUGCCAAUCUCUUGUAUUGCUUCAAUUGGGAGGCACCAAAAGGCAUGGAGAACCAUGAUAUUAACUUAGACGAAAAAGGAGGUAUUACUUUGUCUAAAAAGAUACCUCUUGAACUUGUACCUAUAGCUUAUUUUGAGUCACGAGCUUCGGUAUAAAAGUGUGAUUAGUUUUCUACAUCCCAUAUGACUAUAAUGCUACUAUAUAUAUAUAUAUAUUACCUAAAAUUAGAAUAUGCAAAACUUCUGAGUAGUUGAUUCUUUUUAUGAUCAAUGAUGAAAUAAAAACUUUGUAUGCUUA